GGGAGUGUAAAAGAGUGAGCGAGUCUGACACCUGUUGGCCUGAGGUACUUGCAAAGUACAUUAGAAAGAACUGGUGUCACCAUCGCUUCUUUUAGUAGAUCCUGGGAAUUAGGUCAAACACUCACACACCCAAUUCUAACAAGCUGAGGGUGUCCAAUACAAGAGGGUUUCUGGACUUAAUCAUGCUAGCCUGAAAGUGCUCUCAUGUGAGUGGAACUGGAAUCCAACUUCAAACGCUGAUCAGACUUUUAAACUGCUGAGGUGCUCUUGCUAAAAUGGAAAUAGCAGAGAAAAGAGGAGAAGCAGAAAAGUGUAGGAGAGACUCGUCUCAGGAAGAGCCACCAAAGGGAAAUCUGAAGAUAACAUCUCCUGAGAAUACAGAACACCACCAGACCAAACAGUCCUCGGGUAAUGCUGUGACGUGUACCAACGGGUCGGGAACUAGAGGGAACACCAAACCAAGCCGUGGGGCCGGGCCACGGCGCCACACAGUGGGAGGGGCGAGGAGUUCGCAAGAAAUCCUGGCCAUGCAGCCAUCAGAUAUGGACAAGAAACGGGAGGCCUUCCUGGAGCACCUGAAGCAGAAGUACCCCCAUCAUGCCUCUGUCAUCAUGGGUCACCAAGAGAGACUUAGGGAGCAGAACCAGAGUGCCAGGACCAGCGUGGCCUGCUCAAGCCCAGUGCCCACCUUCAGUGAUCACCCAGAUCAGGGUUCACUGGCAUCUCUGGAUGCUCUUGAGGUCAUGUCGGAGUGUGAUGUCCCCGUCGCCUUCACCCGCGGCUCCCGUACCCGUGCCAGCUUGCCUGUGGUGCGCUCAGCCAACCAAACCAAGGACCGCUCUUUGGGUGUGUUGUACCUGCAGUAUGGUGAUGACACCAAGCAGAUUCGGAUGCCCAACGAGAUAACGAGUUCAGACACAGUGCGAGCUUUGUUUGUCAGCGCCUUCCCCCAGCAGCUCAGCAUGAAAAUGCUGGAGUCACCCAGCACCGCAAUCUACGUUAAAGACGACAUGAGGAACAUGUAUUACGAGCUCAGCGAUGUCAGGAGCAUUACAGAUCAGUCAUGCCUUAAGGUUUAUCACAAGGACCCAGCACAUGCUUUCAGCCAUGCUGCCCGACCCACCAACGGAGAUGCUAGGAUGCAUAGAGAGAUGAUGUAUGCAAGUCGCGAUGGUCCUCCUUUGAUACGUCAGCACUCACAAGGACCUCCUGGUCCUCCUUCCCCUCACUCUAUGCCCCCUUCUCCUUCACGCAUCCCCUUUGGUCCCCGUCCCUCAAGUGGAGGAGCCACCAUGUCUCGUGAGAGAGCUGGUCACCCUCUCACCGCACCCACUCGCUCAGCCUCGCCCUCCAGUGCCAUCCUUGAAAGGCGUGACGUCAAGCCAGAUGAAGAUGUUGCUGCCAAAGGCAUUGGCAGACCAGGGGAGGGGCAUUAUGGUGAACCGUUCCUUUUACAUCACCAUGCUGUGCCCUCAGACACAUUAGAUCACGCAUACCACCGUGCCUCAAUUCGUUCUUACGGUGUUCCUGGAAUGCCUGUGGAGUCAGUGGAGCAUCAUUCACUUUUUCGGCAAAAGAGCUGGAAGACUCCGCCUGCAUCACCACACAGAAUGGGAGAGAUGAGGAUGAUGGAAAUCCACAACAAUCAGUCACAAGGCAACUUGGGGCUUGAACGAGCUUCACCAGUUAGACAGUCAUUCAGAAAGGACGGCCCUAUUGCUGUGGAUAAGGGCAGGAAUACUAUGGGAUCCCCAGUGACCCCUGACAUUCAGAGUCAUUGUUCCCCUGUACCUUCAGGUGAUCCUCAGACACGAGUUAGAAUGAAGGCUAUGGAGGAACAGAUAGCCAGUCUGACUGGCCUUGUGCAGCAUGCUGUACUGAAGGACCCCACCAUAAAUGGAGGUGACAGGGAAAAUAACAGUGACAGAUCAGUGAAAUCAGGAUCACCUGUUCACAGCAUGUCUAGCACAGGGGGAUCACCAGUGCUUGGGUCAAAGGUUGUCGGAGUUGCACCUGAUAGUAGCCCCACCCCAAGUCCACAUAUUAGCUCCCCACCUGUUCAGGUGAAUCUUCUUCAGUUUAGAAAAAACAUCUCAGAGCUCCGCCUCCAACUGCAUGAGAUGAGACAGCUCCAGCUGCAAAAUCAGGAACGUGUGCGUGCUCAGAUCAAGCAGGUAGAGCAGGAGAUCGGCAGCAGGCUGGCUGAUGCUUUAAGACGACAGGAGGAUCCUGCACACCGACAGCGAACUCUGGUGGAGGAAGAUAGACACAGAUAUCUUAGCAUGGAAGAAAAAGUUCUCACACAGUUGGGAGAUCUGGAGCACUAUGUUGAGUCUCUGAAAAAAGACUCAAACCCAUCCACAACUCCGAGAGUAGUCGCACUGAAGGAGGUAGAAGAAGGAGCAGUGGGCUUGAGGAAGGUUGGGGAAGGUCUAGCAGGACUGAAAGGAGAAUUCCCAGGCUUGCAGGCUCGGAUGCGUGCUCUGCUUCGAGUGGAGGUUGAAGCUGUGAAGUUUCUAAAGGAGGAACCACACAAGCUAGACAGCAUUCUCAAGAGAGUUAAAACACUUACAGAUGCUCUCGGGACUCUGCGCAGGUGUGCCACAGAUGGUUCACUGAAACCUUUAGAUCCUGUUACAACAACGACCUUCAAAGUGUCACCAGCCACUUCUGCUGAGCUUCAGGACGCCCUCCUUGAACCUCAGAGUUUAUCUUUGAAAUCAGAUGCUCCAAGCUCUAGCCCCAAGUUAAGCUCUUCUAUAUCCCCCCGCCAGAGCCAGCAAAUGGCAGUACACUUACCUACUCCUGAGGCCACUACCAAGCAGUCAAACAACUCCAAAAAAUUCAGCUCAACUCAGCCAGAACACACACCAACAUCAAGCAACCACAGUAAUGGGGCAGCUCGGAUUGGAGCCUUUAGUGUUGGGGUGCAAGACAGUAUGGGAUCUCCAAGCUUGUUUAGAGAGGAGAUUGUCAGUCACAGCAAGAGCAAAAGCAGAGCCACUUCUAUAGAGGCAGCAGAGAGAGAGUGGGAAGAGAAGCGGCAGAACAUCGGUCAUUAUAAUGGGCUGGAGUUCGAGAGGAUGUUACAGGAGGCAGAGGCUAACAUGCUGAGAGGAACACCAAGCCUGAAGUUGCCAGAUGAGGGCAGCAGUCUGCCAAGUCCUGUUGCGCUGCCCCCUGCGGCACAGCAAGGACUGCUGGAGAAAGCUGAGUCUUCUGUACCUCUAGCACAAGAGAGCAAAAAGGCUGAAGUACCCAGAUCUGAGAAACCCACUAAAACUGGGCCAGAAAAAGCACUAAGGCCCCAGCAAGAAAAGCCAGCCAAAUCAGCAGCAUCGGACAGGCCUCUGAAACCUAAUCUGACAAUCAAAACGAACCUGGAGAGAGGGGUAAAGUCUCAGGACAAAGCAGCCAAAUUGAGUCAGGGCUCAGAGAAGACCAGCAAAUCACCCCCUCCACCUCCACCACGUAAGAACUACACCAACCACACAGGCAUGACCACUACCCGCUCAGGAGACUUCAUAUGCACCAGCAGGAAAGAGUCUGGCUCUGCACAGGAGAAAGAAAUUGAGGUUUCAAAUCCUACACCUCAGCCUAAACAGAAGAACUUUCCAGAGGCGAAGGCCAAAUCAUGCACUCCUCCUCCAGUUACAGCUUCUGCCAUUCAGGAUGAAGAGGAGGAUGAGGGAGACAAGAUCAUGGCAGAGCUUCAGGUUUUCCAGAAGUGCUCGAUAAAGGAUAUAGGGCUCAAAGGUUUGGUAGAACCACAAAUCAUAGAGCUAAGACCUGGUGUUUUAUUACCCCUUAAAGAUAAGAAGCAGAAUACAGAAAACCAGGAAAAGAAAGAUCUAAUCACCGAUGAAAAUGGCAACAACACAGUUCGUCAUAGUCCAGGGGUCAUCUACUAUGUCACAGCACAAAUUUCCAAGGAGCCACCAGAGGAUUCUACUGAUCAUAAAGCUGCAUCCCAGUCUUCCUCAUCACAGAAUGCCAGUGUGGCCUCUCCUACUAGUCGGAUGCCGGUGCCCAUGUCUGCCAAGGCCAGGCAGCAGACGGGUGCCUCAGACAGAGAGAGGGCAGGAAAACAGCCAAAGCUACAGGACUCACAGAGACAAUUUCGCCAGGCUAACGGAAGUGCUAAGAGAUCUGGAGGAGAUCCCAAAUCCACUUCCCCUACCAUGCCUGCUUCUAAAAUCCCUGCUUUUUCCUCUAGUACAGGAAAAGGUGCUUCCCAGUCUGAUACUGCUAACCCUAUUAACUCCUCCUCUAAAUCUUCCAUCCCCUCCCCUCGUUCAAUUCCCGCCCCUUCUUCUCACAUCCCCUCUCAUUCUAACGGUUCUUUAAAGAUUGCACCACCCACUCACAACUCUAAAGGCCUCUCCUUGUCCUCACAGACCCCGAAUGGACGACCUUCUUCCUCUUUCUCUUCCUCUUCCCACCCCCCUCUGUCCGCCACUAUGUUGUCGCAGGGUGCGAAGAGUGUCCGAACUAUACACACACCCAGCUUCGUCAGUUACAGUCGGCCACACAAUGGGAGUGCUGGGAAAUCGGCUAUCCCCACUGCUACAGGCGCCAAGGAAGCUUCAUAGAGUGCUUUUUUGCUUUUAACUCGUGUCUUAAUGAGGUAGUUUUACUCCUCAUUUGCAAAUUCAGUAUGAUUCUUUUAAUUAUGAUUGUUUUGCUGUUGCAUUGCUAUCAGUGUUUAGACUGCACUUUGAGUUUUUGUGAUUUAUUUUUAGUUUGACUCCUGGCUGUUACACGCCAUUGCUGAUUCAUACAGUACUUUUUUUUGCAUUUAAGUAGUUCUAUUU